AAAUAGUAAAGUAUGUAUUGACAAAACUGGACUUUGGACCAGAAUGAUAUCCUGUAAUUAAAAUCAUUUAUUGAAAAUCGUGCAACACUGUAUAUACUUAAACUCUAGACACCAGUCAUACCAACCAACUGAACCAACCCAGAUGUCAAAGUCAAAGUUCAAAUCAAACAUCAACAUCAAACGGUAACCGUAAAUACAGAAAAUUGAUUAUUAUCACACUGUUACUGUAUUUCAUGUUAAUGCUUAAAAUAAUUUUAGGUAUAUUGACGAAUGGACGUCUAUAUUUUUUGUUAGUACUUCUGUAGUUUCAUUUACAGUACAGACCAUCAUCAUUCUUUUACUUAAGAAGAUAUAAACACUUGAGUUCAAAAUGGAGUGCAGUGGAAAUUUAAAAGAUGCUGAUACUAUAAAUCAACUAUUACCAGCUAGCAGGACUGAAGAAGAUUAUUUAAAUGAAUGUGUUAAAAUGAAGGUUAAACCAGAACUAGAGGAAUGUAAAUUUGAAAGCAAUAAUAUGGAAGUGCCUAUAUUAAACCAGUCUUUGGUGGAGGACAUUAAAUUAGAAAGCCAGAUAUUAAAACAUGAAACUAUUGAUCCAGUCUAUCUUAGUAGUACUAUGCAAGAUAUUAAAGUUGAAAUAAAGGAAGAAACAGAGGAACUUGAUGUACCAAUAGACCAUAAUGAUGAAAAAAAAAUUAUGGAAAAUGAACCAGGACCUCCAAAAAAGGUAAAAUGUGAUUCAGAAAAACACCAUAAACUAACAGAAGCUGAAUUAUUAGCUGCCUUGGAUGAAUCGGACGAGGAGAUAGACCCCUUUUAUGAUCCCAGCGAUCCUCUUUAUGAUAGUGAUAGCGAUAUUGAGUCUGAAGAAGACUCUACAGUUUCCUCAGACAUGGGGAAUAUUGCACCAAAUGAUUGGAGUUUUACUGAAAUUCCAAAUCAAAGUUUGCCGUUUACUAAGACAGCAGGUUUUUUGGUUGAUGUAAAUUCUGCAGAACCUUUUGAUUACUUCCAACUUCUAGCGACAGAUGAUUUUUUUAACAUGUUGUGUGAGAAGGCUAACAAAUAUCCCAUCGAUGUAAUUGCCCAGGACUCAGGAAGUAAAUCAAGAAUAACGUCAUGGUAUGAUGUCAACGUAACGGAAAUGAAAAUAUUUCUAGGUUUGCUUUUUCAUAUGGGGAGUAUAAGAAUGGACAGAAUGAAUGACUAUUGGGAAAUAAAUAACCUAGUGUGGUUUCCAUCUUUUAUCAGCUGGUUUCCAUCUUUUAUGAGCUGCAAUCGGUUCUUAUUGAUUUUCAGAAGCUUACAGUUUGAGGACACUGGACUAGAAUUACGUGACUUUGGAAAAAUUAUGCCAUUGAUAAAUUAUUAUAAUAAUAGAAUGAUGCAAAUAUACUAUCCCAACAGGGAACUCUGUAUCAACGAAUCGAUGUCUUUGUGGAAAGGCCGUGUAAAAUUUCCAUAUUAUAUUAAAAAGAGGCUCCAAUUUGGCCUUAAACUUUAUAUUUUAUGUGAAGCGAGUGGUACCGUCCUCAAAUUAUUAUUGGUUGAUGCUCGCUGUGAAGAUCCUUCAUUAUCCGACGAAAAACAUGCAGAACAAGUUGUUCUAAAUCUUUUGGAAGAGCAAUUGGACAAUGGCCAUUCUGUGUUUAUAGAUAAUUUGUACAGUAGUCUUAAGCUUGCUGAGGAGUUGUUACUGAGAAAAACUUAUGUGACAGGAAUCUUACGUUGCAAAACCAGGAAAGGAAAACCUGAAGCAGUUGUAAAGACAAAACUAAAAAAAGGUGGGUUGGUUGUUCAAUACAAUUCACAAGGAAUCUGCAUAAUUAAAUGGAGGGAUUUUGGUCAAGUAACGGCUAUAUCAAGUGAAUUUAAUGCAAGUAUGAAUACUGUGGUGAGUAAGCGUGGUCGAGAAAAAAAAACGCCAGUAAUGUUAGAUAAACAUGAUGAGUUUACGGCAGGAGUUGACUAUUGCGACCAGGUGAUGUCGUAUUAUCCCUGUGAGAACGAUCUGGUCGUUUGGUAUAAAAAGGUGGCUAUCCAUAUAUUUCAGAUAAUGAUGCUGACAUCAUAUUAUCUUUACAAGAAAGGGAAUCCUAACAGUAAAAUGAUCUUUUAUGAUUACCGAUUACAUAUUAUUAAGAAAUUAAUUGGGCUUACACCACCAGAACCAUUAUAGUCGAAGCAACGAAACACUAAAAAGCCCAAAACCUAGGAAUUUUGUGCCGUAAGAUGAAUCGUCAUGAUACUUUUUGCAUUCGAUUCUAGAGAGUGUCAGGCAAUUUUGUGAACUAAAUUGAUCUGAGGCAAACAUUUUUGUGCAUAAGAAAGUUCAUUUCGAAGAGAUUGAAAAUUUAGAACUCGGGAAAUAUUGAUGGAAAUUAGUUCAAUUUUUAUAUUUGGGGCUUAUGGUUUGUUUAGCAGUAAAUGGUUGACUUCAAUUAGUGCGGUCGUAAAUAUUACUAAAUUUAUCUGACCUGGCCCAUUGUUGAGACCCACCUGGAGCGAUAAGCAACCUAGGUAGACAGAGUUGGUCUUUUGACAAUUAACACUGACUAGACGGUACUCCUAUAAUAAACCAAAGAAUCCACAAAAUUUACAAUAAUUAUGACUACAAAAACAAAAAAACGGAUGUAAAAUAUUUCGCUUUGCCUUAUACCUAUACCCGAAAUUAAUGUUUUCAAAUGAGUUUUAAAAUAAAUUAAAUCUAUUUUAAUUGCUAAGAUUAUAGAAAAACAAACAUUCAAACAUAUUUAAAUUUUACCUGAAAGCGGGCCUCAAUACCAUUGAAGUACCAGUACAAGUAUUGACCAUUGAAGUCAACCAUUUACUGCUAAACGUACCAUACCUGGUGCCCAGGGUGGAACUCAUCGCCUAGAGUUUUAUGUUAUAGUCAUUCAAAAUCAGUCCAUAAACAUUGCUCGGGGCGUUUUGGGGGUCGCUGUACACGAAUUUUGAUGACAGUGAUGGUCUCCGAGGUACCUGGUGCCCAGGGUGGAAUUCGUCGGCUAGAGUUUUAUGUUAUCGUAAUUCAAAAUCACUCCAUAAGCAUAUCUCGGGGCGUUUUGGAGGUCGCUGUAUACGAAUUUCAUGACGAUGGUGGACCCCGAGGUACCUGGUGCCCAGGGUGGAACUCGUCGCCUGGAGUUUAUUGUUAUAAUCGUUCAAAAUUAGUCAAUAAACAUUACAUUAAAUUGGGCCAUUGUCGAUAUUGACCGGUUAAUAGCGUUAUUGACUGGAUUUACGUUAUUGUCCGUAACAUGUAUACAGGGUGUCCCAAAAGUAGCGGGCCGAUCGAAUAAUUCACGAAAUGAACAUUGGAUCGAAAAACUGAAAAAUAUGUGUUCAAUAUUUUUCAAAAAUCUAUCGAAUGACACUAAACACGAUCCCUCACUCCACCGACCCCUCUCUUCUGGAGGUGGGGUGGGAGUAACCUUAAAAUCUUAAAUGUAAAAAUCAUUUCUAAAAUCAUUUGUUAUUGCAGAUUUGGAUUGCUUACGUAUACGUAAGCAGCUUUUAUUCGAGGACGUUUUAUGGCGCUAUAAUCGAAAAAAAAACGAUUUAUGGUGAUACCAUAGGUAAAUUAUAGAAACAUUCUAAUAUCUCGAGAAAUACACUUCCAAAUAAAAAACCAAAAAAUACGUUUUUAAUAUUUUACCUCUCAAGAACCUAUCAAAUAACAUCAAACACGACCCUUCACUCUACUAUCUGGAGCUGGGGUGACGGGUAACUUUAAAAUCAAAUAGGAAUUCCCAUGUUUUAUUGCAGAUUUGGAUUUCUCAUGAAAAAAUAAGUAACAUUUAUUCGAAAUAUUUUUUAGAAUUAUUGAUAGAUGGCGGUAAUAAAUAGUGUUUUUCCGAUUACUGCGCCAUCUAUCCACAAUUCGAUAAAUCUCUCGAAUAAAAGUUACUUAUUUUUAUUAAAGGAAUUCAAAUCUGCACUAAAAAAUGGGGGCUCCUAUUUAGUAUUUUAAAGUUACCCCACCUCGAAGGGGUGGAGUGGAGGGUCGUGUUUGAUGUUAUUCGAUAGGUUCUUGAAAAAUACUAAACACAUAUUUUUUGGUUUUUGGAAUGGACCCCCAAAUGGAGGUCCAUUUAAGAUUUUAAAGUUACCCCUACCCCCACUCCGGGGGGUGGAGAUGAGGGGGGUCGUGAUUAGUGUCGUAUGAUAGAUUUUUGAAAAAUAUUGAACACACUUUUCAGUUUUUCAGCGACCCCCAAAACGCCCCGAGUAAUGUUUAUUGCCUGAUUUUGAAUGACUAUAUAACAUAAAACUCCAUACGACGAGUUCCACCCUGGGCACCAGGUACCUCGGAGACCAUCGCCAUCAUUUUUUUAUGCACAAACAUUUUUGUCGGAGAUCAAUUUAGUUCACAAAAUUGCCUGAGACUCUCUCGAAUCGAAUGCAAAAAGUUGCAUGGCGAUUCAUCUUACUGCACAAAAUUCCUAGGUUUAAUGCUUUGUUGCCUCGCCAUUAGAAGAAAUUAAGAUAACACAUCUUCCUGAAUUUUGUCCCAAAAGUAAAGGAGAAAAUAAAAGAGUUAAAAGGAGAUGGUGUCAGGUUUGUUGGCAAGAAAGAAAAAUAAGAGUCGGCUCAAUUUAUUCCUAUCCAUUAUGUCCUAACCAACCUGGACUGUGUUUAUCUUCAUGUUUUCGUGAAUUCCAUUCUAAAAUAUAGUUUUGGUUAAUUUUCUUUAGUUUUAGUUUCUUUUGUAAAUUUAUGUUAAGAUAUAUUUUUUAUGUUUUAAUUUAGUGCUCUUUUUAUAUGUUUUAUGGUAAAUUUUGAAUGCCCUAAUAAAAUAAUUUUUGUUAA